UAACAAUACGAACCAGAAAGUUUUUGUAACAGCAAAAAGCAAAUACAAAAAAAAAAAAAAAAAAAAAAAUCCAUGGGAAAAAUGAAUGCUUUCAAUAAUACCCUAAAAAUAUGGCUGUCCUAAUUACCUCAGUGUUUUUUACUUUUGGAUUAUUGUGCAGAGCGCAAGAUCAGUACAAUCUAACAGGUUCCCGCCCAGCAGCAAUACUGGGGGAGUCUUUCACUUGGACAUGCUCUAUGUUUUUACCGCCAGGAGAGACGUUACGUGCUGUUUCGUUUUCAAGGAACACCACAAGGGUUGGUUUAAUAGGUUACUUAAACGGAGAAUGUUUAACCACAGAUCUCAAUCCUAAGUACAUGUACCUUUGUGAAUCUGAGUACGUGUUUUCUUUGGUCAUUCCCUCCGAGAAUAUGACAGAGUAUGAGGCAAACACGACUUGGAGAUGUCAACAUUUUAGUAAUGGACUCUUCAAAAGUCCAGAAGUCAUGCUGAAAAUUGGGGUUUUUGUCCAGAGCGUUUCAAUUCUACCAAAGGACAAUCCCCUUACGUUGACAGAAGGAACAAAAACCAAAGUUACAUCUUUUGUCAAUAACAACGCUUACCCUCCUCCCACAAUACAGUGGUAUAUCGGGGAUACAUUGAUGAACGUGACAGGAAGAGAUCUGGAACUCAUGGCUGACAGAGACAAUGAUGGGAAAGUGUUACUCUGCAUCGCCACCAAUAACAACAAAUCACUUAGUGCAUCAACAGUCUUAAAUAUUCUGUAUAAACCUAUAAUAAAUAUUGCCCCAUUCCCCUUACUAACAGUUAACUAUGGUGACACAGUAUCGGUCAACUGUGUAGUGCUGAAGUCUAAUCCUGCAAAAAUUAUUGAAUACACAUGGUCAACACUGGGACAGGAAAGGGUCAUUGGGAGAGAAUCUAACUUUACCAUCAUUGAUGCUUCUUUAAAAGACAAUGAAACUUUUCAAUGUAGCGCCAGGAACAGUGUUGGGACGUCUAAACUAUCAUUUGUAACAGUGAUUGUUCUCUUGGUACCACCAAAACCACAGUACGUCAAGGCACUUUGCUGUGAGACACAUGCUGAUGUUGUGUGGGUGACAUCACUAGCUGGUCAUGUAGAACAGAAAUCAUUUAUACAGUUCAUGAAAUCUUCACCACAUAGUUCCUUCUCCAAUACUACUGCUGGCUUCAUCUCUACACAGGAGAAAGGACUCUACACAGCCAGAGUGAACGAUUUAGAGUUCGACAAUACAUAUAUCUUUAGAGUUGUAACAGUGAAUCAGUAUGGACCUGUCAUUUCCAAAAAUGCUUCAUGCAGGGUUCAUGAACAUCAAGAUAAAAGAAGUUUAUAUCUACAUUAUGAAAAAAAGUAG